GUGCCCUACACCUCCAUGAAAUCAGCACAAGAAACAGUACCCAUUUCCAUGUCCACGUGUCACAAUCUUACCGCUUCAAAGUUAACUAUUUUAAGGAGCCAAGUCCAAGUCCAACAUCCCCUCUUCCCACCUUUGCCAGAACUUGGAGCCAGAGAGAAGAGAGAGAGAAUGAUGAAGCUGAGAUCGAAGAGGUUCUCAAGGAGCAACUCUAAGCUCGGAGUCGGAGGGGAGGGGAAGAGCUGCGGCGGCGAAAUCAAAUGGGAGCUGCGUCCGGGGGGCAUGCUUGUUCAGAAGAGGGAGAGCGGAGAGGGGGAGAAAGAACCGCCGAUUACAGUCAGAGUCUCGACUGUUUCGCAGUGCCACGACAUAACCAUCCAAGCAACUUCCACUUUUGGAGAAUUGAAGAUGAUUCUGUCACUGGUGACGGGUCUGGAACCAAGAGCGCAGAGGGUAUUGUUCAAGGGAAAAGAGAGAGAAGACUGUGAAUACCUGCACAUGGUUGGAGUCGGGGACAAGGACAAAGUGCUUCUCCUGGAAGAUCCAGCCAUCAAGGAGAAAAAACUCCUUGAUCAAGCCAUUGGGACUCCUUGUCGAACCAUUCGCGUCCAAUACUGAUAUCAUCAGCUGUAACAUAUUAACUAAUUGUUUUCCCUAGCGACUGACCAGACUGAAACAAAACAAAGAGAACAAACAAGAGGGUUUCUAGACAUGGUGAUCGAUGGAGCUCUGACCCAUCGAUGGAUCCCUUGGCAUGCAAUUAGUUUAGAGGGUCUGAUGAUAUUAAUGUAUUGUUUUGUUUUCGGGGCAGCCAUAUGAAAUGUGUAAGCUGAUGUGCUUCCGCGUCAUCUUCAUUAGUUUACUGUGUUUAUAAAAUGUUAAGAUUCCAUGGCGAGUAUUUUUGUCUGUUUAAUCAUAUAUAAUUGAAUGCGCGUGCGAGA